UGAAAAAAGAAAAAGGAAAAGGCUCCGAGAUCAGAACAGACCCCGAAACCGAGUAUUUCAUUCGUUUCCAAGCAACACAAGUUUUAGGGUUUUUGAAUUCGAUCCCCUUUGACAAUGGCGGCGAUUUACAGUCUUUACGUAAUCAACAAAUCAGGAGGUUUGAUCUUUUACAAGGAUUAUGGAUCGAAGGGACGCAUGGACACGAAUGAUAGCUUGAGGGUGGCUAGUUUAUGGCAUUCGAUGCACGCGAUCUCACAGCAGCUAUCGCCUACCACUGGUUGUACGGGAAUUGAGCUACUUGAGGCCGAUACAUUUGAUCUCCAUUGUUUUCAAUCUCUUACUGGGACAAAGUUCUUUGUGGUUUGUGAACCUGGGACACAGAACAUGGAGGAUCUCUUGAAAGCUGUCUAUGAGCUCUACACAGAUUAUGUUUUGAAGAAUCCCUUCUAUGAGAUGGAGAUGCCUAUACGAUGCGAACUCUUUGACAUCAACCUUACACGGGCAAUACAAAAGGAUCGCGUUGCACUUUUGGGACGGUAAACUGUCCUGGAACCUUCAACUCACCAUCUGUUAUUUUCGUCCUCACUCUCGAUGGAAGAUAAAUGUCAAAGUUUGUAUUGGCCUUUUUAGUGAGAUAUCGUCAGACUCCCUUGCUUGGCUCAUAAUUUCUGUACCAUAUACAAACACAUGAUGUUGUGGCUUGUGGGUAGGGG